AUGGGAGCCGACUCUGUGCAUAGGGCAUUCUGUCCGCGUAUCGCCGUACUAAGCUGCCAAGAUACAAAUCUGAUUGCAGAGAGGAAUGGAUUUUCUUGCUUCGCUGACUUGUUUCGCCCCUUUGAAAGCACUUCACAAAAUGUCACCGUCCGCACUUCCCAACUAGAGCAGCGCAUGAUUCCCCGAUUUCAUGUACGAUUUGAUAUGCUAGAUGAUUUUUUGUCUCUUGGAAAUGAGCCAGUUCCCAUCGACAAAUUGCUGGACACAGUGCAACGAUUUUUUCAUGACGAGAUUCAGGACUGUGAUCCUCUCUUGCCUCUUGUUCCUGCGGAAAACGAAUAUCAGGCUUGGAACGAAAAGCUUCACCAGCAAAAUGAGUCGUUUUCAUGCUUUGCUUCGAUCCUAUACGGCUACCGGCCUAUUAGCUCGUUUGAUACCAUGUCACACCCUUGCGCUAUGGUACUUGCAGUAUCAUCCAACAACCCCGAUCCACUUAAUGCUUUCGCGCGACUGUACGAGCAGUCAAAGAAGUCAGAUGUGUUCGCUAAGCAGCCCUUUGUUGAAUCAAAUAUAUUGCGAUGCUAUCUCGUCGUUCACGACACGGCAGCUCUAGGAACAGACAUGUCCCGAUCGAUGGGAUUGUUUGAGGAGGUGCGUCGCACCUACGGCUUGGACUGUGCGAUUGUGCAUGUGAACUCGGCUAGUGAGCCUGUUCCUGAGGUGCAUGCGCUAUACACGAACAAUGCUCAAAAAGUGCCUUCACGUGUAUGCGCCAAGGAAGGCGCGCCGCUAGCUCAGCGCAUGUCAUUGCAAGAUGCACAACGCGUGCAGUCUUAUGUUCGAGAACUCAUUACCAAAAGCCUGGUUCCUUUCUUAGAGCGCUCCGUUCAACAUCUUGGCGAGCACAUUUCAUCCCAACGACUUGGCCUCACGGGACGCUUGCUAGGUGCAAGUCGGAAGUGGCUCCUGCCACGUGGCUCAACCGGAUCAUCAACGUCCAGGCUCAACCAUGAUAUAUACCCCGCCAACUCAAUUGUGUCGCAAACGCGACGUCUUGGUGAUUUGGCAAUCCAUGUGCGUGAUUAUCGCUUAGCAUCGACCAUGUACGAUGCCGCAUAUCGCGACUAUGAGGAGGAUCAGGCAGCCAUGUACAGUGCUUGUGCGAGUGAAAUGCUGGGUCUAGCUCAGAUGCUACAUGCGAGCUUGUCGCGCAAGGGGCCUAUGCCCCCGCCUUCUGCAUAUCUGCGUGCGUGCGAUGAAUACGUCAAGUUGCGCACAGGUGAAUUUUACGCACUGCGCGCAUCCGUCCUAUAUGCAGCUCUUCUUAACGACAUGCAGAAGUACGAUAUGGUCGCUAUGGCCUCUUUCCGCGCUGCUCAAUUUACUGAUGAAAUUGUGCGUGCACUACUGCUAGAGCAAGCCUCCAUGGCAUACCUUCGUAUGGAGCGCCCUCACACACGGCGCAGUGCUGCGUCGUUAUUGCAAGCUGCUUCUCAAUAUGAAGCGUGCGGCCAGAAACAUCUUGCCCUGCGCUGCUAUACGUGUGCCGCAAAUUAUUACAAAACCCGCUGUACAUACCUGUACGAUCACGCUCUUUUUAAAAUGGCUUUUCUCGUGCACAACAGUGGACGUAUCGACGAGGCUCUCUCUUACCUUUUACCCCUUCUUCAUGGCAGUCUCCCUCCCAUUGACGAACUACAUCUUCGUGCAAUCGAAAGUGUCGCUAAAUAUGCUCACGAGCACCGCGUGACACUUCCUUCACCUUUCAUUGUUGCUGAGAGAUGCUGCAUUCUGCGACUUUCCUCAAGCUAUAAUGACAAUCCGUGCAUUUCAUUGAACGAGCCUUGUCGUAUCGAGCUUUUUCUAGUCAAUCCACUUGGCGUGCGCGUAUCGUUGACCGAUGUGCGUCUUCACUUUUCCCGGGCACAGCGGGAUGGAACAGCACUUUCCAGUCCCGUCGAAGCGGAUGCCCCUGUGCAAGACGUUAUCUUGGAACCCAACGAGCGUAGAAGCGUCGUAUGCUCUGCACGAAUUUUUACAGAUGGAUAUGCGCGCGUGUCGCAUGCCACUUACACACUGUCUCGUGUUUUACAUGUGCACCAAUCACUCCAAAAGCUCGGCCCACGUUUGCAAACGACCGUCGAGCAGCGGCGUUCGCGGACAUACGCUCACGAUAAGUCGUUGCUGAUUUGGGUCUCCAAGGACAUGCCAUGCCUUGAGCUCGAAGUGACUACACCCGCUCGCGUCACGAUUGGUGAAAUCGUAUCUGUGUCCGUGCGUAUCACUAACACAAGCUCGAUCGACAUCGAAUCUGCGUCUAUGAGUACUUCGCCAUGUAAUAUGCAAGCUUUCAGCUCGCCCACAGAGUCUUUGCCAUCAAUUCUUGCGCCUUCGACUUCGGAGCAUGCGCUGCCCAAGCUGACAGCUGGCGCGCAUUGUGACAUACCGUGCCUGUGGCAUGUUACGGAUUCAGGAAGUCACACACUCACAUGGCAUGUCAAAUACGCCACAUCCAUGCAUGGAUCUUUCGAAAAACGUGCUUCGCGGCAAAUUCAAGCUCAAGCUAUGAUGAAUGCCUCUUUCCAUAUCAAACUCGCAGAUCAGGCACAACCUGCAUACAUGCUUGCACUUCAUGUUUCGAAUGUGGGGUCGAAAGCUGUGACCUGCACGGGCAUUUCUUUCGUGAGUCCCUUGUGGACAACAGUUGAAGGGUCAAUGCAGCCUGCUCUUCUGGCACCGGGCGAUACCUUUGCUUCGUUGGUCCGUUUACAGCCAAGUCCGUCGAAUUAUACCCUUGCCUCUACUGUGCGUGCAUUGCACGCCUUUUUCGACGGAUCUGUGUCGCUUCCGUCUCCAGCGCCUAUUCCUGUGCACGUAUCGCAGCAUGGCAAAACUCCCGCGGCGUGCCUUUUGCAUUAUGCAUCACUAUAUACUGCCUCAAGAAGUGCCUGGGCUCGUCAAAGGCAGAUCAGCGAGUUUGACUACCUCCCACCACAUAUUGUGCGUGCUUUGCCAUGCAUGGACCCCAAUGAUAUCGAUGUGACUGUGCAUUGGCGUGACGAAAAUGGAAACCUCGGUGAUACGCUUUUAUGUGGCGGGCGUGUGGGCGUCCAGUAUGCGUCGAUGGAUGAUAUGGCCAUACUCAACCUCCUACUUAAGUCUGAUACGCCUCAACGGGCCAUGUAUGAGGAGACGGCUCGUGAGCAAGCCAUCAUGAAGGGUCGACUCAGCAAAUCAAUUUUGGCGAAUAAUGUCUUGCCACUCUCUAUCUAUGUGCCCCUAAACGCGAUUCAUAUGGAAACAGUUCCUUUCGUGUGUCCCAUGACUUUGCAUGUGCGGAACGAGGCGCCGUGGCCUUUACACUUUACUAUCGAAAUGGUGUCAUCGAACACAGGUAUCGCAUGGCUUGGAAAUAUAGUACACAAAGGCACUGUUCCGGCAUGGUCAUCCAUCCCUCUCCGUGCCUGCGUGUUCGUGCCAAAGCCAGGAAUGUACGAGGAUUUGGGUGCAUGGCGAUGCUCGGCCACGCUACAGGACAAUCACGGAAGACCAGUGCGUGUGUGGACAGACGCAUGUGCCCUCAAGGUGCCCUUCAAGGCUUUUUUGUAA